AUGGCAAUACAUCAAAACGAAGACACGCAUUCCUCAAACAAGAAAAUCUUAUACAAUACCAAUAAUAUAUCCUCAUCAAAAUCUCGAAGUCUGAUGGAUAUCACAAACACAACAAAUACUAUGAAUGGCUCUAGGCCUUCCUCCAUGAAAAAUUCAUUUCCUCUUCCGUCCACAAAAGAAUCUUUCUCAACUCUUUCUCGAUCAGGUUCUUUGAACAUUAACAUGAACAAAAUUAAAGAUUUAAAAGAACGACAGGACAGAAUAAGAUCUCAAAGACAUUCACUCAGGACUCAAUUGAUCGAGUGCGAAAGAGAAAUUAAAUCCAUCAAGUUUCGAGAUCUAAGUAAGUCCAAAUUUGAACUUUAUAAGAAAAAUGCCAAACAAUCGAAAUAUUUCAAGCAAGUUAAAGAAUUGACGCAGAUCCUUAAUUCCAAGGACGGUGAACGAGAUAAUUUAAUUAAGAAGAACAAAUCUGCCUUGGUGACUUUACAAACUGAACUGGAUCAUAACUUAACUUUGAAAAGAAAGGAAUUUCAGGAAUCAUACAAUAAUAAACAUAUUCUUUGGGAGAAUGAAUUAAAAGUAAUGGAAAAUUUUGAACCUGACCACGAAAUCACCAAGGAAAUAUCUCAAUUGAAAGAACUACUGCAAGGGCUCAAUGAAAAUUGGGAGAAUUUACAGAAGCAGAACUUGGAAAGACAAGUAAACCACGAAUCACAAUUGAAGAUAGAGUUUGCUGCAUUCAAAGAAGUUAAAUUGAAAUCCAUCGAAAAUUUGACAUGUAAACAUCAUGAAUUGCUUACUCAGAUAACCAAUUUACUAUCGGAAAGUGAAAAAUUACACAAGGAGAUAAUGCAUAUAGAUACACAAACGGAAUAUUCAGAACAACAGAUCUCAGAAAUGAGUGAAAAUGUCAAACAGUUGGAAUUAGCAAACAACCCACUAGCAAAUAAAUCUUUACAAUAUGCUUUAGAUUUGGAAAAUUUACAAAAACGAAUAGAAAAUUUGAAGGAGAUCGCUUCUCAGCAGGAAAAAAUUUAUAAUGGUACUUAUAAUACUGUAGAAAGAGAAUUACUAAGAAGUAGAAAACUAGAAAACUCCAUUAUUGAACAAAAAGGGACGAUGCGUUGUUAUGCCUACGUCAUGGAACAAAACCUACCUGAGAAUCUUUUAUUUGACUAUGAGAAUGGUGUGAUCACUCAAAGCCUGAGUGAUCAUGUUUACAAAUUCAAUAGAGUAAUAUCGUAUUUAAAAGUUUCCGAAGAUAGAUUUUUCACUCAAGAGUACAGAGUCUACCACGAUAUGUGUCUGGAUCAAAAAAAAAACUUCAACCUAAUAUCUCUAAGUACAACUCCAUAUGGUUCAUUAAGAGAGUCUUUAAUAAAAUUUUUGACAGAAAAAGAUACAGUGUAUCAAAAACAAUAUGUUAUUACCUUACAGUUUGUCUUUUUAUCAGAUGAUGAAUUUUCCCAAGACAUGCUAUUGGAUUACUCCCAUCAUGACAAAGACAGCAUAAAAUUGAAAUUUGAAAAAAAUUCAAUUUCUUUGGAUUCUAAACUUGUCAUUAUAGAAAAUGGAAUUGAAGAUUUGCCCGUGAACUUUAGUUGUGAUAAACACCCAGAUUUACCUCAUUCUGGAAUGAGUAUAAUCAAGGUACAAUUUUUUCCCCGAGAUUCAAAAAAUGAUGGUAAUGAUGAGCCUGUACCGGUUGACUUCUACUUUAUCGAAUUGAACAAUUUGAAAUCCAUUGAACAGUUUGAUAAAAGUAUUUUUAAGAAAGAACCAUGUGAAACCCCUAUUGCACUUGUUUUCAAGAAACUAAUAUCUGAUACUAAAUCCUUUUUCUUGUUGAACUUGAAUGACUCAAAAAAUGUUAGUAAAUUGUUAACAAUCUCAGAAGAAGUUCAAACGCAACUUUGCAAGAAAAAGAAAAAGCCCACUUAA